UCUGACUUUUCCACAUAUUACUUAUAUUACUUUUUAAAGCAUUGCCUGAUGAUUCCCGAAAUCUGUUACUUUCUGCGAAACUACGCAUGGAAAGAAAAUAUGAGUUGGCAUAAGAUCCUCCAAAAGCUGUACAAAAACACCUUUGACGAGGAUGGCGGCUACUAUGUCCCACAGGAUAAACUGCAAGAGAUGCUACGUGACCCAAUGAGAAUUUGGAAGACGGCAGGAUUCUGUGUAUUCGCUUCCGGUGCUACCCUCCUUGCUGCUUCGCUACUUGUGCCAACGAUAGCUGCGUGUAUCGGAUCAAAACGACUUGCUGGUUUUAUAAGCGAGGACAACUCCCCUAAUGAACCGCCUGUGCGCAUUUACCCACAAGAAAAACCGUCUGUGUCACACUCCAGUGGUCCUGUACCUGUGCUCGAAGAGAUCGCAAAGGUCCAGCCUGGCGAGAAGACCUCACCUACUGGACUGCUCGACUCUGACAAGGCACCCCUUGUGCACUGA